AUGGCCAAGCGUGUGGAGGUAUUGCAGACGCAGCUGCCGGCGUACAACCGCCUGAAGACUCCGUACGAGGCGGAGCUUGUCGCGACAGCCAAGCAGAUUACGGCUCCCGGCAAGGGACUGCUCGCCGCUGAUGAGUCCGUUGGCUCGUGCGCAAAACGCUUCGCCCCACUGGGGCUUAGCAACACGGAAGAGCACCGCCGCCAGUACCGUGCGCUGAUGCUCGAAUGCGAGGGCAUUGAACAGUACAUCAGUGGCGUCAUCCUGCAUGAUGAGACGGUAUAUCAAAAGGCAAGCACCGGUGAGACCUUUG